AUGUGUGAUGCUUGCUGGGCAGAGAGUGGAGACAAGCGCAAAGCAAACGGUCGGCCAGCUAAUAUCUCUCAUGGAAGCCGGGCUGGACGUAGCAGUGUGACGGCGAACGCCUACGGGCACGGGGUACCAAACAUAUCCACCCCUACUACCCUACUGAGAGAUAGCGAUUCCUCGUCCCUCUCGUCCUUGGAAUCGCCUUGUGGGUUUGAGCAGCAGGCUCCUUUUCCUCCGAAUAGUCGUGACCAGAGCCCCGCCACGCCGUACUCGCCAGCGCAUGCUCCAGAUCUGUACAACGUCGAAGAGUUCUCUGGCCAUAGCCACCUUCUGACACCUUCUACCCACCUCCAACCGUCUGAUCAAGGUGCCUCGCCAAGCUAUUUUGUGUACAACCACCCUGGGGUCUCGAACGCAAAUGUGAACGGUAUGCCAAUGAUGCAGCUGGACCAAAUCAGCCCCUACAUUCCGGUCCAGCCCAUUCCUGCAGCCUCAAGUCAAGCGCUUGGUCAAGACGCGACAUUUAGCCAGGCCGGUCCAGAGUUCAUGAGCCCGUUGCCGUCCCCUGCGCUGUUCCAAUUCAACCUUCCUCCCGACGGUUGUGGCUACUAUCAAGAUACUUCGUCGGCGGCUGGAUAUUCAUACUCUGAUCACCACCCAAGCUUCAGCGCUGCGUACCAAGACGAAUACCCUCAAACCCCAGCUCUUGGGACUUCAGCAGGUUUUUUGGAACUGUCAAACGCCGUGGAUUUAGCUCAAGGCCGACACUCGGGAGAUUAUGCUCAGACGACUCAAUACGAUCAAGUGCAAUCUCAAGAUAUUCUUCCCGAGUCAACCCGUCUGUUCUCUUCGGACUCUUCGGACUCUUCGGACUGGCUGUUUUACCCCCCACCCGCCCGUCAAGGAUCUGGAGACACGAUCCAGAUGGACGUCGACCAGGACGAAGGCAGCGGUUCAAGCCAGGACACGGUCGGUGGUUUCAGGGGAUAUCUAAACUCUACGAAGAAGCUGAGCCCGCCCGCGAGUCUGCGCUGA